AAGUCGCUCGUCGCGGGUGGGGUGGCGGGGGGGGUCUCGCGCACCGCGGUCGCGCCGCUCGAGCGCCUCAAGAUUCUGCAGCAGGUGGCGGGGAGCACCACGACCGCGUACAACGGCGUGUUGAGGGGGCUGACGCACAUCAUGAGGACCGAGGGAAUGGUCGGCAUGUUCAAGGGCAACGGCGCCAACUGCAUCCGCAUCGUGCCCAACUCCGCGUCCAAGUUCCUCGCCUACGAGACCCUCGAAUCGUGGCUCCUCUCCCGCGCGCGCGAGUCCGAUCCAAACGCGCAGCUCGGUCCCCUGACCCGUCUCACCGCGGGCGCGGGUGCCGGGAUCUUCGCCAUGUCCGCGACGUACCCGCUGGACAUGGUCCGCGGGCGACUCACCACGCAGGUGGACGGCAAGUACAAGCAGUACACCUCCAUGACCCACGCGGCGAGGGUCAUCGUGAGAGAAGAGGGCGCGCUGGCGCUGUACAAGGGGUGGCUCCCGUCCGUCAUCGGCGUCAUACCGUACGUCGGCCUGAACUUCGCGGUGUACGGCACCCUGAAGGACGUCGUCGCGGAGUGGCAGGGUCUCAAGAGCGGGAAGGACCUCUCCGUUCCGCUCGGUCUGGCGUGCGGCGGCGUGGCGGGCGCCAUCGGCCAGACGGUGGCGUAUCCCUUCGACGUGUGCAGGCGGAAGCUGCAGGUGGCGGGGUGGGCGGGCGCCAAGGCGCUCGCGGAGGGCGAGGCUAAACACCUCGCGGAGAUGAGGUACACCGGGAUGGUGGACUGCUUCGUGAAGACGGUGCGGCACGAGGGAGUCGGCGCGCUCUUUCAUGGGCUGAGCGCCAACUACGUCAAGGUGGCGCCGUCCAUCGCCAUCGCGUUUGUGUGCUACGAGGAGGUGAAGAAACUACUGGGAGUUGA